AAUUUAAUUAAAAUAUUAAAAAUAAAGUAAAAAAUUCAAAUAUACACCAACAGUAGACUGCUCUGGCUUGCAUACAAAGAAGGCCAUUGCCCCUUUGGGUGAGCCGGGCAAGGUCAGGGUCUAAGAAGCGCCUCUGGUGAGAAGCGGUUGUCAGGCUCUGAUGGCUGCGGGAGGAAUGACUCCUCCCAGGAUGAGGGUCUCUGUCCUCUCAGUGCUCACUCAAGUUCCGUGUUUCCAAGUCCUUCCAGGGGGCGUAACGCACGUGAGAACUGCCAUUUGUGUCACAGAUACGUGGCAGCAUGCAUUUCCAGGAAAUGUCCUUGGUUCGCGAACUACAGCUGGCACAGUCCAGCCCAGGGCGUUCUGUGAGCUGUAGUCUCCGGCAAGUGAAUUCCAAAAAAACCUCAAAGACCAUACAGGGUGGACAGCGUAGUAGCAGGGUUUGGGAAGAGAGGAGCUCUUUUGCUAGCAAAGGCGAGAGCUCGCCUGGUACAAGGUCUGCCCACGUCCCGGGAGAUAAACAUUAGUGUGAGCGCACGCUAGACCCAGAAGAGUUUGCCACGGCCGCACGGUUUUCCGGGAAGUGUAGUUUCUUGGUCCCGGCGCCAUUGUCCUUAAAAGUAGAGGGUGGCCCUUGGUUCCGAGGUGUAUCUUUCACCUCAUCAGUAUGACUAUAUGCCCCAGAACACUUCGCGCAUGGUCCUAACUGCCGGGCUCUGGGACGACAGCCCCAGGCGGUUUAGUUUCUUAGGAAACCGAGAUCUGUUUGCUCGCGGCGCGCCAGGCCCGCGCGGCCGCAGAGACUCCUGGGAAGUGUGGUCUUCCGGUACCAGCGGUUCGUUGCGCCUGGAAUUUUGUCCCCUGCGCGGAUGAUUCUGGGAAAUGUCGAUCGGCCGUGGGCGGCGCACUGGGUCCGUCCCGCGGUAGCCUCAGGCCUGACGGCGACUCCCAGGCUCAGGGACGAUUCUGGGCAGUGUCGUUCCCGGAGGUCGGCGGCCGUUGCCCGCUCACCAGCGACGCGGGGCGUCAGGUCCGCGGAGGUGCGGGCUCGGGGCGCCUGCGGGGACGGUGAGGCCCUGCUGAGGACUCCGGCCAGUGUGAGUCCCGGGGACGGCGGCGGGGCUCAGGCCCUGGGUCUGCCCCGCGGUGUGACCCCGGCCGGUGCCUUGGCUUUUCCUGGCCUUCGUGUCCUCCUAUGUAAACGCGGGGUGAUGACGGCGCCGACCUCUUGGCGCUGUUGUGAGAGUGAAGUGGGCGCGUGAUUAGACGCCAGCCACAGUUGUCUUUGGGUUAUGUCGUCAUGAAGCCGGCGCUCUGCAGUUGUGUAACCUUGAACAAAUGGGACACUGCCCAUCUCUAAGAUAAGAGCCUGGAAAGAGGACUCUUUUGGCUGUUGGAAAUUGCAGAGUAAUGCCUCAGCUUCAGUACCCAGAGUGUUACCUGGCACCAAAUAGAUGCUUAGUAAGUAAUUGUGGAGUGAAUAAGAUGAGUAAUGAAGAACUGGUGGGGCAGAAUCAUGGCAUGGAAGGUGAAGCUUGCACAGGAGAGGAUGUGACAUUUAGUGAUGUGGCUAUAGACUUCACUCAUGAAGAGUGGGGAUGGCUCAAUUCUGCUCAGAGGGACUUAUACAAGGAUGUGAUGGUCCAGAAUUAUGAGAACCUGGUCUCUGUAGCAGGUCUUUCCGUAACUAAGCCAUAUGUGAUCACGUUAUUGGAGGAUGGAAAAGAGCCCUGGAUGAUGGAGAAAAAACUGUCAAAAGGUAUGAUUCCAGAUUGGGAAUCAAGAUGGGAAAACAAGGAAUUAUCAACAAAGGAUAUUUAUGAUGAAGAUUCACCCCAAACAGUAAUAAUAGAAAAGGUUGUAAAACAAAGUUAUGAAUUUUCAAAUUCUAAGAAGAAUUUGGAAUAUAUAGAGAAGUUGGAAGGGAAGCAUGGAAGUCAGGUAGACCAUUUCAGACCAGCAAUUCUCACCUCUAGAGAAAGCCCCACUGCAGACAGUGUUUACAAAUACAAUAUAUUUAGAAGCACCUUUCAUUCAAAGUCUACUCUUUCUGAACCACAAAAAAAUUCUGCUGAAGGGAAUUCACACAAAUAUGAUAUAUUAAAGAAGAACUUACCAAAAAAGUCAGUUAUAAAAAAUGAGAAAGUCAAUGGUGGAAAGAAACUUUUGAAUUCUAAUAAAAGUGGGGCAGCCUUCAGCCAGGGCAAAUCUCUUACCCUUCCCCAGACUUGUAAUAGAGAGAAAAUCUAUACAUGCAGUGAAUGUGGGAAAGCCUUUGGCAAACAGUCAAUCCUCAAUCGCCAUUGGAGAAUUCAUACAGGAGAGAAGCCCUAUGAAUGUCGUGAAUGUGGGAAGACUUUUAGCCAUGGCUCAUCCCUUACACGACAUCUGAUAAGCCAUAGUGGAGAGAAACCUUACAAAUGUAUUGAAUGUGGGAAGGCCUUUAGCCAUGUCUCAUCACUUACUAACCAUCAGAGCACUCACACUGGAGAGAAACCAUAUGAAUGUAUGAACUGUGGAAAGUCUUUUAGUCGUGUGUCUCAUCUUAUUGAACAUCUAAGAAUUCAUACUCAAGAAAAACUCUAUGAGUGUCGUAUAUGUGGAAAGGCCUUCAUUCAUAGGUCAUCUCUCAUUCACCAUCAGAAAAUCCAUACUGGAGAGAAGCCUUAUGAAUGUAGAGAAUGUGGGAAAGCUUUCUGCUGUAGCUCACACCUUACUCGACAUCAAAGAAUUCACACUAUGGAGAAACAAUAUGAAUGCAACAAAUGUCUGAAAGUCUUUAGUAGCCUCUCAUUUCUUGUUCAGCAUCAGAGUAUUCAUACUGAAGAAAAACCGUUUGAAUGUCAGAAAUGCAGGAAAUCCUUCAACCAGCUUGAAUCACUGAAUAUGCAUUUGAGAAAUCACAUUAGAUUGAAACCCUACGAAUGCAGUAUAUGUGGGAAAGCCUUUAGUCAUAGGUCGUCCCUGCUUCAACAUCACAGAAUUCAUACUGGAGAGAAACCUUAUGAAUGUAUUAAAUGUGGGAAGACCUUCAGCUGUAGUUCAAACCUUACUGUACAUCAGAGAAUUCAUACUGGAGAAAAGCCAUAUAAAUGUAAUGAGUGUGGGAAAGCUUUUAGCAAAGGCUCAAAUCUUACUGCCCAUCAAAGAGUACAUAAUGGAGAGAAACCCAAUAGUGUGGGAUGUUAUCUGACAAGAAAGAUGGAUAGCAAAUAAAUUGGAAAUAAUGGUUUACAAGUGCUAUGAGGACAUAACCAAGAAACAACAUACUACAAGAGAUCAGAGCAGGCUUAGUGAGAUGUGAUUUUUGAAAUGAAUCCUAAAUGAUGAACACUAAUUAUGUAAUGAGUACUACUCAUGUAGCUAUGUGCAUCCCUGCAUGUGCCUGUGCGUUUGUGUGUGCGGUGUGCUGGGUGUUAAUCUAGGUAAAGCAGACAGUCGAGUUCUGUCAUACUUGCUGCAGCUGGAUUCCACGUUCCCAUGUCUAGUUUCAGAUUCUGUGGCUUUGAGGUAGUGCUGCUGGCAGCAUCAUUGCAGCAACCGUCAUUUCUCUAUCCCUGAGUCAUAGUUAUGGGAGUUUACCUUGAAAUCACUAGCCCAGAAGUGUUCUCAUUACUUUUACAGCCCACCUACCAAUUUUGAAAGCACUAAUUUGCAGCAAUAUAUGUCUUGAAAUAGUUAAGAGAGAUUUUGUUCUCUGCACUGAACCUUGACAGAUGAUUAUGUCACAGAGGCAUAUUCCAAUAGCAAUUUGCAAGAGACAGUAGGUUUGGAAUGGGGUGGUAAACUUUUACUAUUUUGCAGGGAUUUUAUCUUUCAUUUGAUUUAUUUUUAAUCAUGAAAUUUAUAUUAAAAUUCUGUGAAACAUUGAAGGAUCUUUGGAAGAUUUAUAAUUAAGGAAGGGCCAGGUGUAGUGGCUAAUGUCUGUACUCCCAGCACUUUGGGAGACCGAGGCAGGAGGAUUGCUUGAGGCCAGGAGUUCGAGAUCAGCCUGGGCAAUAUAGCAAAACUCAUUAGUCUGUUAAAAAAAAAAUUACCCAGGUGUAGGCACACAUCUGCAGUCCUAGCUAUUCAGGAGGCUGAGUGGGGAGGGAUUGCUUGAGUACAGGAGUUUUAAGGUCACAGUGAGCUAUCAUCACACCACUGCUUUCCAGCCUGGACAGCAGAACACCACCCUGUCUCCAAAGUAAAUAAAUACAAGUAAGGAAGCAUGAUGUGGUAUCAGACAGUUGCAAGUAUGGAUAGACUGGCUACCACAUAUAUACUUACGGGAUAAUGAGAGUAGCUUUCUUUUCUCCCAUUCUGUGUCCUUUCUCUGCUCUCCCAAGCAACUGGUACCACAAAGAUGAAGUAGUCCUAUAAUGCCCAGAUUUUGUUUCCACUACACAGUUUAAUGCUACCAUGUCACUUUGUUAUGAGAGGAUUCAUCGAAAUACCUGUGCUUUGUCAUUUAAAAAGCAUGGGCAUACACAUGAUAAUGCUUUACAUUUCUGGAUUUAAAGUGCCUUCACAAUACAGAACUAGGAAAAAGAAGGCCAUCUUUUUAAAUGAAGAUAGUUUUAAGAGAGCAAUAAGAGACUAUUACUUUGUUAUGAUAGAAGGUUGGGCUGAUGUCAUAAUGAUGUUAUGAUGUCACUGACAUCAUAUUAUUUCCUCAGUCAUACCUAUUAACCAUUUCUUGAGCAUCCACUGUGGGCUUAAUAGAGAAGAAACACUCCAUACCCUUUAAGAGCCCUGAGGUGUGUGUGUGUGAACAGCAUUAAACUUUGGAGCCAUGUUACCUGGGUUUAAAUCCAAGUUGCAUGUAUACUGGCUUUGUGUGACCUUGAACAAACUAUUUCACUGUGUCUUGCCUCAGUUUCUCCAUCUGUAAAAUGGUAAUAAAGCUAUCUCACAGCAUUAUGAUGAAGAUUAAAUGCA